ACCACCAUCUUCACCCCACUUCCUUCCAAAUAACCACCACCAAAAUGGCUUGGAUCUGGAUAACACUCUCCUUCACUUUGAUUGCUCAUCUCUUAUUGCGAGCUUUGCCAUGGAAAAGAAAGAGCAAGAAGAAAUUGCCUCCUGGUCCAAUAGGGUAUCCAAUUCUUGGAAACCUCCCUUUGUUAGGACAAAACCCGCACCAUGAUCUUCACAAAUUAGCUCAAAAAUAUGGCCCCCUCAUGUACUUGCGCCUCGGGUUUGUGCACACGAUCGUCGUCUCAUCGCCCGAGCUGGCCGAACAAUUCCUCAAGACCCAUGAUCUUGUUUUCGCGAGCCGGCCACCUCAUGAGGCCUCCAAGCACAUCUCUUACGAGCAAAGGAGCUUGGCGUUCGCGCCGUACGGCCCAUAUUGGAGGAACAUCAGAAAGAUGUGCACUUUGGAGCUACUUAGCAAUGCAAAAAUCAAUUCCUUUAAGUCCAUGAGAAGAGAGGAGGUCGGCUUGCUUGUGAAUUUUCUCAAAGACGCGGCUCACGACCACACAGCCAUUGACUUGAGCUCGAAGAUCUUUUCGCUAAGCGCCGAUAUGAGUUGUCGAAUGGUCUUCGGAAAGAAGUACAUGGACAAGGAGUUUGAUGAGAGAGGGUUCAAGGCCGUGAUUCAAGAAGGCAUGGUGUUGGGCGCGACACCGAACAUCGGUGACUAUGUUCCUUAUUUAGCACGAUUUGAUCUUCAGGGGUUAACGAAACGCAUGAAAGCCGUGAGCAAAGUGUUCGAUGCCUUCUUUGAGAAGAUUAUUGACGAGCACAUGAAGUCUAUGAAAGAAGAAGGAGAGAGCAAAGAUUUUGUGGAUGUUAUGCUGGGCUUCAUGGGAUUGAACGAGGGAGAGUACCAUAUCGACAGGCCCCAUAUCAAAGCCAUAAUUCUGGACAUGUUGUCGGGUUCGAUGGACACUUCAGCGACAGCAAUAGACUGGGCAAUGACCGAACUUGUAAGACAUCCUAGUGCAAUGAAAAGGGUCCAAGAUGAACUAGAGAAAGCCGUGGGAAUGAACAGAGCAGUAGAGGAAUCCGAUUUAGAGGGCUUGCACUACUUAGACAUGGUCAUCAAGGAGACCAUGAGGCUUCACCCGGUGGCUCCGCUUUUGCUUCCCCACGAGGCGACUGAGGACUGCACAGUGAACGGCUUCCAUAUACCCUUGAAGUCGAGAGUCAUCGUGAAUGUGUGGUCCAUUGGAAGGGACCCAAAAGUGUGGACCACUCACGAUCCGGAAGAGUUCAUACCUGAAAGAUUCUUAGGGUCGAGCAUGGACGUUAAGGGGCGUGAUUUUCAGCUCCUACCGUUUGGGGCGGGCCGCCGAGGAUGCCCCGGGAUGCAGCUUGGCUUGACUAUAGUGCGAUUUGUGCUUGCUCAACUCGUACACUGCUUUGAUUGGGACCUUCCUGCUGGCAUAUCACCGAGCGAGCUUGACAUGACUGAGGAGUUUGGGCUCACUGCUCCUAGAGCUAAGCAUUUGGUGGUCAUGCCUCGGUAUCGUUUGAGUGAGUGAAAGAGAGUUAACUUUUCAAUAGAUGAUUGAGUUCCCAAAAAUAAGUCUGAUAUUAUCAUGAAGUCUCCUAGUGUUAGUCACCAAAUGGAUUGCCUACCAAUUUGUAAUGAAGUUUUAGCUUUUAUUUGAAGUAUUAUUAUCUGAAUGAAAUUCAAAUAAAGGAAUUUGAGACACGCGGAGAUUAGGGAC